AUGUUUGAAGGAAGAUAUGAUAUAUAUUUUAAUGGAAAACCACCAAAAGAAUUUAUUUAUGAAGAUGAUCAGUGUGUCGUGUUCGAAGGAGGAUUAAACUCUCAAGCACGAGUACAUUUCGUGGUUAUGCCUAAAAAAGUAAUAUCUAGGUUAUCCCAAGCUUCAACGGAAGAUGAAAAAUUACUGGGUCGUCUUAUAUUAGUAGCAAAAAAUAUAGCAAUUCAAAGAGGCUUGGACGAAAGUGGAUACCAUAUUCUGAUCGAUGAAGAACCGCGUACUAAGUUGUUAGCAUUACAUAUUUCUGGUGGCGUUCUAAAGCCUUCGCUCUGGCCAAUAACACCAAACUGCAGACUAUGA